AAAUGCAAAUAGCAUCAAAUGAAAAAUUUGUUUCGAAGAGGGUGGCAGAGUGCAACUGUCAAGUGCCAAGUGGUUAAUACCAAAGGUUCCUUUUCAGCAAUUUUUUUUUUGAAUGCUUUUCAGUUUUCAGAAUCUUUUCGAAAGCGUUGCAUUUCCCAUUUCCCAAUCAAUUCUGACGGAGUUUAAUUCCAAACGAACGAAGAUUUUGGUUAUUAGUAGCGCCCACAUCUGAUCGGUUCCCUCGCUUCCUUUCCUUUUUUGUUAUGGUGAUAAACCACUACAAAAUUUGAACUCAGCUGCAACGACGACGACAAUGGCGGAUUGGUUGUUGCGCCAUGUUUGCCCCGAUUCUCCUUAUGUUUGGAAUGGACAUCGGUUUUCUAAGUGUUUUAUAAAUAUGACAUUUGCUUUUGGAGUAAAUGUCUUGACCAUUAUUGUUACUGCAUUGCUUGGAAUUACUAUGAAAAUUGGUGGAAGAAGACGGAGGAAUUUUCAGAGAAGUCUUCUGGAGAAAAUUUUCUUUCAUUUCCUUCCAGCCAUUGGACUAUGUUUAUCACUCUUUGAGAUGAUGUUUCUUCUGAGGAAAUUAUUCACCGGUGAUGUUGUUGAAUACCAUGAGUGGUUAUCAACAAGUUCACUACUUGCAGUCUGGAUUUUCACUUCAAUCUUUGCAAAUUGUUCCAACUUUGAACACAUAUUUAACAACAAAAUGCUCUGUUUAUGGUGGAUUGUGAGAGCAAUAUUUGGGAUUUUCAUUUUCGUGUCGACAUAUGCAGACUUUGAGAUACUCAAAACAGUGAACAGCAGUUUUGUUGUUUUGUUGGAUGUUUUGUUUGGCACAUUAGCAUUCAUUAUCAGUUCAGAGCAUGCAAAAAGCAGUUCAAUGGAAGAUUCGCUUCUAUAUGUGGAUGUGGACCUAGAGGAUAGUCAUAUGGGGAAUAAUAAGGAAGAUAAACAAAGCUGUUGGAAUCUUUUGACAUUCAAUUCUGUCACUUCAGUUAUGGAUGAUGGUGCCAAAAAGCAGUUGAAUUUUGAAGAUUUAUUGCAGCUUCCAAAUGAGAUGGAUCCUUCUUUCUGCCACAACAAGUUGUCAUUCUGCUGGAAAGAUCAAUGUUCCAGAAAUUGCUUAAACCCAUCAUUUUUUUGGGCAAUCUGUUGUGCAUAUGGUUGGUCAUAUGUUUCUCUUGGUUUAUUGAAGGUGCUUAAUGACUGUAUUAAUUUUGUUGGACCAAUGCUUCUCAAUCGGUUGAUUCAUUAUCUUCAGCAAGGCAGUGGCACAUCAGAUGGCUAUGUUCUCGCAAUUUCUUUGGGACUCACCUCUAUCUUCAAAUCGUUUCUUGAUACCCAGUACACCUUCCAUCUGUCCAAACUGAAGCUGAAGCUACGUUCUAGUGUCAUGACCGUCAUCUACCAGAAGUGUCUAUCCAUUAGCAUAGCAGAGCGAUCACAAUUUUCAUCAGGAGAGAUCCAGACCUUUAUGUCUGUUGAUACUGAUAGAACUGUCAACUUGUGCAACAGUUUCCAUGAUAUGUGGAGCCUCCCUUUGCAAAUAGGAGUCGCAUUGUAUUUGUUAUACACUCAAGUCAAGUUUGCCUUUCUUUCUGGAAUUGCCAUAACCAUACUACUCAUUCCAGUGAAUAAAUGGAUAUCUGAAUUGAUUGCAAGGGCUACCGAGGAAAUGAUGAAGCAAAAAGAUGAAAGAAUAAGGAGGACGGGAGAAAUUUUGACUCACAUUCACACUUUGAAGACACAUGGGUGGGAGGUGCUUUUUUGUGACUGGUUGAAGAAGACAAGAUCUCAAGAAGUCAGCUAUUUGAGUACACGGAAGUACUUAGAUGCAUGGUGCGUAUUCUUUUGGGCUACUACUCCAACCCUGUUUUCUUUGUUCACAUUUGGACUCUUCACAUUGAUGGGAUAUCAACUUGAUGCUGCAACGGUUUUCACCUGUCUUGCCCUAUUUAACACUUUAAUUUCUCCUCUAAAUUCAUUUCCUUGGGUCAUUAAUGGAAUGAUUGAUGCUGUUAUUUCUCUAAGACGAUUGACGAGAUUUCUAUCUUGCAUUGAGAACAAAAUUGAUCCGGAUAGAGAAAAUAUUUCUCCUUCCCUAACCAUAAAUAAUGACCAGGAAGUUUCCGAUACCGCAGUUUUCAUGUCUAGUGCAUGUUGUUCUUGGUCCAGCAGCAAGGAAGUAGAACCCAAUAUUUUAUUAAAUAAUCUGACUCUGGAGAUUUACAAAGGUUCGUUUGUUGCCGUGAUUGGAGAGGUUGGUUCAGGAAAAACAUCCUUAUUGAGUGCAAUCUUGGGAGAAAUGCAGCUUCUACAUGGUUCUGUACAUGCAAACAGAUCGAUUGCAUACGUGUCCCAGGUACCAUGGAUACUUUCUGGAACAAUUCGUGAGAACAUUUUAUUUGGAAAGGGUUAUGAUUCUCAAAGAUAUCAAGAUACUUUAUGGGCUUGUGCGCUAGAUAUUGAUAUUUCAUUAAUGCCUGGAGGGGACAUGGCUCAUAUUGGGGAAAGAGGGGUUAACUUAUCUGGGGGCCAGAGAGCCCGAUUAGCCAUGGCAAGGGCCCUUUAUCAUGGAUUAGAUAUUCUUAUGCUCGAUGAUGUUCUUAGUGCUGUGGAUGCACAAGUUGCAGAUUGGAUACUGCGCCAUGCCAUUUUGGGUUCUUUGGCACAGAAAAGAACGCGCAUACUUAGCACCCAUAAUAAUCAGGCAAUCUUUUCUGCUGAUAUGGUUAUUGUAAUGGAUAGAGGAAAGGUAAAGUGGAUUGGAAAUCCAGCCAACUUGUCGGGUUCAUCUUAUGUUACAUUUACCCCAUUGAAUGAACUUGAUAGUACCCAAUGUAUUCAAAGACAAGGCUGCCAAGUAAUUGAGAGAACUGAAACUUGUAAACGUUUCUUUGAUGAAAAAGAGGACACAAAUGCUCCAAGUGAAGUAACUGAGACUGUUGAUGGUGAGCUACGGACAGAGGGCAGAGUUCAACUUAGUGUAUACAAGAACUAUGCAGCAUUUUGUGGUUGGUUCAUUGCAAUCAUUAUAUGCAUUUCUGCACUUUUAAUGCAAGCUUCACGCAAUGGGAAUGAUCUUUGGCUUUCUUUUUGGGUUGAUACUACAGGAAGAAGUCAGAUGGACAGUUCAACGACCUUUUACCUAGUUACACUCUGCAUCUUUUGCAUCAUAAAUUCAUUCUUUACAUUGCUGAGGGCUUUCUCAUUUGCAUUUGGUGGCUUACAAGCUGCAGUUAAGGUGCAUGAUACUUUAUUGAAUAAGCUUAUUCAUGCACCUAUCCAGUUUUUUUAUCAAACACCCGGUGGUCGAAUCCUGAAUAGGCUGUCUUCUGAUCUCUAUACCAUUGACGAUUCUCUACCAUUCAUCCUCAACAUCCUCCUUGCAAAUUUUGUUGGCUUGUUGGGAAUUGCAGUAGUCCUAUCAUAUGUACAGGUAUUCUUCCUGUUGUUGCUACUGCCAUUCUGGUAUAUCUACAGUAAGCUUCAGUUCUUUUACAGGGCCACAGCUCGGGAGUUGAGGCGGCUCGAUAGUGUUUCACGAUCUCCCAUAUAUUCCUCCUUCACUGAGACUCUUGAUGGGUCUGCAACUAUUAGAGCGUUCAAGUGUGAGGAUUUCUUUUUCACAAGAUUCACAAAGCAUAUCAUAUUGUAUCAACAAACCAGUUACUCAGAAGUAACAGCAAGUUUAUGGCUAUCCCUUCGACUUCAGUUAUUAGCAGGUUUGAUAAUCUCAUUUAUUGCGGUGAUGGCUGUUAUUGGAUCCCUUGGACAUCUCCCACUAAACAUUGGUACUCCAGGGCUGCCCGCUGCCUCCGCCUCCCAUGUGCACCUACCGCCUUAAAGGUUGUUGCUGCUGGUCAUCUACUUUCACCAGUUGCCCUUGCCGCCACAGCUCUCCAUACAUCAUCGAGAACAAUUUUUUUUCUUGCAUUUUUUGCUGUAAGUUGGUGGGUUUUUGUGGUUUUUUUGUCUUUUCCAGUCUCUCCUCUUUGAGACAUCCACCACCGACUCAGCCACCGCUCCACCGCCAGUGAUGAGUUUGGUUUGCUUUUUUAGACCUGUUCUGUUUGUUUUUUUAUCGUUGUUGCUCCAAUCAUGUUAGACACUAAUCACCUAUGGCUAAAGUCGACAAUCGUGUCUAUUCCAAUAGCCCUACUAUCCAAGUCACCACAAUCUGUUUUAAUGGAGGCAACCUUUUUUGUUGGUCAUAAUUGUUAGGCUAUAUAUUCAUGGAGAAGGGAAAAUUGGCUAUGUUACUGGAGAGAAAAGUGCCCCGAAACUAAAUGAUCCUUGUUUGCUACUUGGGAUGCUCAAAACUCUAUGGUUAUGACUUGGCUUGUAAACUCCAUGGUUGAAGACAUCAGUUGUAAUUAUAUGUGUUACUCUACAGCCAAAGAAUUGUGGGAUACUGUGACAUAGAUGUACUCUGAUUUGGGCCAUCAAUCACAUGUAUUUGAGUUGAAUCUCAAAUUAGGAGAUAUGUGACAAGGAGGUAACUUUGUGACACAAUACUUUCGCUCCCUAAAAAGGAUUGACAAGACCUGGAUCUUUUUUAUUCAUACGAGUGGAAGUCUGCUGGCCACAAUAUUGGAUUUGAUGAGGUCAGAGUUCGAAUACUUGGUAAAACUUCUCUUUCAUCUAUUAAUGACGUGUUUCCUGAAGUUCGUAGGGAAGAAAGCUGCAUGAAUGUUAUGAUUGGAAAAAGGUCUAUUGAUUCAGUAGAAAGUUCUGCAUUGGUGACCAAACAAACAACCAUAAAGGCAUCUGAUCACUUCAGCGAGACACAUGAAAAGCCCCGAGUCUGGUGUGACCAUUGCAAUAAACCCUGACAUACACGUGAAACCUGUUAGAAGCAUCAUGGAAAACCUCCGGAUUGGAAAAGUUGUAAGCAAGGGGAGAUAAAUUCCCUCCUACACACCUCAAAUGCAAAUGUUGGUGAUUCGAACUUGUUUAGCAGGGAGCAGAUUGAUCAAAUCCUAAAACGACUAAAGACUACUUCUUCAUUUAGUAAUCCUAGUGUUUCUUUGGCACAAUCUUGUAAUUAUCCUCAAGCACUCUCUUGCGUGAGCUCUCUUAAAUCACCCAUUCACCCAAAAGCUUAAGCUAGCAGGUGAAGUUAAAUUUAAUAUAAUGUCUAAUACUCUCAUUCAUCCUUGGGCUUGAAAUAUCAAGAAAGACCCAACAAGUGGAAAUCAUCAAUAUUGAAUGGGUAGGAAAUAACGUUGCAGACCAUCUGCUCUGAUACCUUCUUAAAUCACCAAUUCACCCAAAAGCUUAAGCUAGUGGUUGGAGGAAAAUUUAAUUAUAUACUACUAACACUCCCCCUUACUUGUGGGCUUGAAAUAUUUGAAAGCCCAACAAGUGGAAAUCAAGUUUAAUUGGGGAGGAAACAACAAUGCAAGAGCUUAAACAAAGGACCUCCUUGGACCACCUGCUCUGAUACCAUCUUAAAUCACCAAUUCACCCAAAAGCUCAAGCUAGUAGGUGAAGGUAAGUUUAAUAUCAUGUGUAACAAACUCAUCUCCAUGGAUUAUAGAUUCUGGAGUCUCUGAUUGUACGACCAGUUCCUCUUCCUUAUUUGCAUUCUACUCCCCUAUAUAUUGCAUUUAAAAAAUUCGCAUCGUGGAUGGUAGUUUCACCCCAAUUGUAGGCAAAGGAACUAUUCCUGUCUACAAAACUUAUGUUGCAUUAUGUUCUUCAUGUUCCAAAACUAGCUUGCAACUUGUUGUCCGUUAGUAAGAUCUCUAAGGAUGCUAAUUGUCGUGUUUUCUUCUGUAACACUCACUGUACCUCUUAGAAUCAGAAAUCGCGGGAGGUGAUUGGAUGUGCUAGGAUGAUUGGUGGUCUUUAUUACUUUGAUGAAGUUUCAGUUAGUUAUAAAUAAGUUGAGCGAUUGAGUAGUGUCUACUCUCUUUUUGUUAAAGAAACUGUGAUGCUUUGGCAUCGUAAAUUAGAGCAUCCUAAUUUCUUUUACUUAAAGUAUAUGUUUCCAGAUUUAUUUAAAGGUCUUAAUUGUUCUUUUUUUUCUUAACGUGAAAGUUGCAUUUUUGCUGAAUAUCACUGAUCCACUUUGCCCAAACCAUACAAGGCUUCUUCACCUUUUUCCUUAAUGCAUAUUGAUGUUUGAGGUUCCUCUAAAGUCUUAACUCAUAGUGGAAAACGUUGGUUCAUUACCUUUAUAGAUGAUCAUACUUGUUUAAUCUGGCUUUAUUUGUUAACUAAUAAGUCAGGUAAAAAACGUUUUGUUGGAUUUUACAAUAUGAUUGAGUCUCAACUUCAAACUAAAAUCUGAAUAUUUCAACGAACAAUUAACCAAUUUCUUACACGAAAGGGGUAUUUUUCAUCAAGCCACAUGUCGUGAUACUCCUCAUUAAAAUUGAAUUGUUGAGCAAAAGAAUAGAUAUUUACUUGGUUGAUUGUGCUCUUAUGUUCUCUAUGAAUGUCUCAAAAUAUUUGUGGGGUGACACAGUUCUGACAACUACAUACUUGAUUAAUUGAAUGCCAACUAAGGUUUUGAAUUUUAAAGCUUCGUUGUAUCUCUUAAAAAAUUAUUUUCCUACUUUCCAGUUCUCUGACAUACCAAUCAAAUUAUUUGGUUGCCUUGCUUAGGCAUCAGGCCAACCCCACUCACACUAAACUCGACUCUCGAGCUGUUAAAUGCAUUUUUAUAGGCUAUCUCCCAUAAGAAGGCUUACUAAUGUUUUGACCCUUGACCAAAAAGUAUUUUAAGAGUAUGAAUGUUCUUUUUGGAAAAUUAACGGAAUUUUUAGCCAAAAUUCUCUUCAGGGGAAGCCACCAGACCUUAAGAUAAUUUCUGGGAUACUUCAUGAUGUAAUAAGAUAGUUAGUUUGUUGUGAAGACAGUUAGAUAGUCUGUUAUAUUCCGUUGUUAGUUGAAACUAAUCAGCUGUUUAAAACUGAUUAGUUAUACCCCAAACUACCAAAACUGAUUGUAACUACCACAUACAAUUCAUCAAUAAAUAGCCAUUCUCCAGCUGAGAAUAGGCAGAGAAUUCAUUGUGAGAAAUUAAAUCCAGACUUGAAUUACAUCACUUCACCUAUCCAAUACAUCAUUGAUUCUGAAAUUAUGGGUUCUAAUUCUUUGAUGCCAAGUGUGAAGAGUUCUUUUUCAAGAGGAGAAAUACUAUAGACUAACUUGACAAGUCUUACCUGAACUACGGGUAUAUACUUGAAUAAACGGUUUAUCUAUCACAGAACUAAUCUAAUACCUCGAUAAAUGAUUCUGAAAAUCUAGGUAACAUACAUUCACCUUUUACUUCUUCUAAUUCUCUUAGUUCUUCUCGUAAUUCCUUGCGUGAUGUCUCUAAUUUUGAUAUUUCAAUUGCCAUAGGAAAGGUACCCAUAAAUGUAUCAAAUGUCCCAUUGCAAACUAUCUUUCUUAUCAUAUAUUGUGUGACAGUCAUAAAGCCUUCACAUCCAAAAUAACCAACCUGUUUGUUCCAAGGAAUAUGCAUGAGGCCCUGAAUGAUUUGAAUUGUAAAUUAGCAGUGAUGGAAGAGAUGAAUACAGUGAAACAAAAUUGCAUACGACACAUAGUUGAACUACCAAAAGAAAAGAAAACGGUUGGAUGCAAGUGGGUGUUCACGGGAAAAUGUAAAACCGAAAGUCGUUUUGAAAGGUACAAGGCCAGAUUGGUUGCUAAGGGGUUUACUCAAACCUAUGGAGUUGAUUGUCAAGAAACAUUUACUCUAGUUGCUAAAGCAAUUUUAUUAGAAUUUUGUUGUCUAUUGCAGUUAACUUUGAUUGGUCUUUUUAUCAACUGGAUAUUAAGAAUGUCUUUGUUUGGUCCUUUAUUAUGUUUGGAUAUGAUGAGGGUGCUAAGGGUGUCAACCUAGUUGAGAUGCCCGAGUGCACUUGAUCCUUGUUUGGUUUUGUUUUGUUUGCUCAUUAUAUAAUCUUCUUGUACUACGAGUUUUUGUCUCAUUGUUUAUUAAUAAACGAGGCUGUCUCUUUUUCAGAAAAAAAAAAAAA